AUGGCCUCUUCAUUUCCUGUUCCAAAAGAUGGCAGAUUGAGACUCGGUUCGAUCGCCCCAAACUUCCAAGCCGAUACCUCAGUAGGUCCCAUCGAUCUUUACCAAUAUAUGGGGGAUUCCUGGCUCGUGUUUUUCUCCCAUCCUGAUGAUUUUACUCCAGUAUGCACUACUGAACUAGGAGCCUUUUCGAAAAUUGAGGAUGAAUUCACGAAGCGUCACGCAAAACUCGUGGGGCUUUCUGCUAAUACUGUCGAGUUGCACCAAGCGUGGAUUAAGGAUAUCGACGAGAUCACCGGGUCUAAAUUGACUUUCCCAAUUAUUGCUGAUCCUCAACGGAGAAUCGCGACAUUGUACGACCAAAUUGAUUAUCAAGACGCCACCAAUGUCGAUGAUAAAGGGGUGCAAAUGACAAUACGGUCGGUAUAUAUCAUUGAUCCAUCGAAAACCAUCAGAUUAAUCAUCUCGUACCCUGCAUCGUGUGGUAGGAAUACCGCAGAGGUAUUGAGAGUGUUGGACUCGUUACAAACUAGUGAUAAAUACAAAGUGACUACUCCGAUCAAUUGGAUUCCUGGAGAUGACGUGAUUAUUCAUCCUACCAUCACUGACUCGCAAGCAAACGAGAUGUUUCCAAAAUACAGGGUGAUUAAACCAUAUUUGCGGUUGACUCAAUUGCCAUUGGAAAAAUGA